AUGGCGACCAAGACGCUGGAGGCUCGAUUCGAGCACCUGUCCGUCAAGGAUGAAAGGGAAAAUGGCUCGAACCGCGCUUACGGCAAACAAAAGGGUUCUAUCUCGACGGCCGCCUCGAUGUCGGGACUUGGUGCCAGCCAAAGCAAUUCAAACCGCGCCCACUUGCUUAAGCUAGCCCUUCAAAACACCAAUGACAACAAGGUUAAUGCGAUGAAUGUCCCUGCCCCUGCUUCCCCCGGCAAGGGAGCUCAGGGUGCAGUGGUCACCCGCAACACCGACGAAAAUGGGGAACAGCGCAACUCUACUUCGAUGUAUGAGCAGCCUGCCGAGCCCAAGCAGCUACACCUUGGAAUGUUCGAGAUCGGCAAGCCCUUGGGCAAAGGCAAGUUCGGUCGCGUUUACCUUGCUAAGGAGCGGUCUUCUGGCUUUGUCUGUGCUCUCAAGGUGUUGCACAAAUCAGAACUGCAGCAAGGUGGCGUCCAGAAACAGGUUCGUCGUGAGAUAGAGAUCCAGAGUAACCUUCGACACCCGAACGUUCUCAGACUCUACGGCCACUUCCACGACAGCAAGCGCAUCUUCUUGAUCCUGGAGUUCGCGGGUCGCGGUGAGCUCUACAAGCAUCUCCGGAAGGAGCACCGAUUUCCCGAGUGGAAGGCUGCCCAGUAUAUCGCUCAAAUGGCCGCAGCUCUCAAGUAUCUGCACAAGAAACAUGUCAUGCAUCGCGACAUCAAGCCUGAGAACAUCCUUGUCGGUAUCCAUGGUGAGAUCAAGAUCAGUGACUUUGGCUGGAGUGUACACGCUCCCAACAACCGCCGGCAAACGAUGUGCGGGACACUCGACUACCUGCCCCCGGAGAUGUUGGUUCGUGGCGCCAAUGAGAAUUACUACAGUGAGAAGGUUGAUUUGUGGAGUCUGGGUGUCCUGGCUUAUGAGUUCCUGGUUGGCGAGGCACCUUUCGAGGACACUCCUGUGAUGACACAGCGACGUAUUACUCGGGCAGAUAUGUCAGUGCCGUCCUUCGUCAGCGCAGAGGCUAAGGACCUCAUCAAGCGGCUGCUUGUUCUCGAUCCCGAGAAGCGUAUCCCUCUGGACGAUAUCCAGCGUCACCCUUGGAUCCUCAAGCAUUGCGUCAAGGAUGCGAAGCGGAGCUCGGGCUCUUCCAAGGAUGGCAAGACCUAA